AUGGGCCUCCCUCUGCCCUGGCUCUCCCGUUGCUGCUGUCGCCUCCUGCCCUCUCGGAUUAUGGCCCCCCACACCUCUCGUGGGGCCUACUCCCAGAGUCCUGGGCCACCUACAGGGGAACUGGCUACAGAAGAGACCAGGAAGACCCUACCCCCCCACCAGGGUCCAGGCCACAGAAGAGCUGAGCUGGCCCAAGCAGAAGAACUGCUGGAGCAGCAGCUAGAGCUGUACCAAGCCCUGCUGGAGGGACAAGAAGGGGCAUGGGAAGCUCAAGCCCUUGUGCUUAAGAUCCAGAAGCUCAAGGAGCAGAUGAGGAGGCACCGAGAGAGCCUGGGAGGUGACGCUUGA